GAGCAUCCUGUGUGCAGCAUGAUUUCUCGGAAUGUCCCUGUUUACAUGAACUGUGGAUCAUGAUUGUGCGUGGGAUGAUUGUGGUAUCACAGCCUUUAAAACCUGCUCACUUCAUCUCGCCAGCAUUUUGGUUUGCAUCUCUAGUGCAAGUGACAGUUGGCUUAUAAGACUGUGGAGCUGGAGAGAACCAUGUGCAGCCCAAUGCCAGAGCCUAUUUGUUUGGUGGAAAAUGUGAACGGUUCACUGUGUGUGAGUGAUGGAGCCAUUGAGUACCUGUACAGGAUUAACCAGCCGGUGGUGGUAGUGUCUGUGGUGGGACUGUAUCGCACAGGAAAGUCUUACCUCAUGAACCACCUGGCAGGAAAACAAACUGGCUUUGCUCUGGGCAGCACCAUUGAGUCGAAGACUAAAGGUAUUUGGAUGUGGUGUGUGCCACACCCUUAUAAAAGAGGACACACUCUGGUUCUGCUGGACACUGAGGGACUGGGGGACGUUGACAAGGGAGACUCUAAGAAUGAUGCCUGGAUCUUCUGUCUAGCUGUUCUUCUCAGCAGCACUCUGGUCUACAACAGCCGCGGAACCAUCGACAACACAGCAGUGGAAAAACUACACUAUGUCACUGAGCUUGCAGAGCAGAUUAAGAUCAAAUCACCUAAAUCCAGAGCAGCUGAGUUUGAGGAGGAGGAAGAAGACUCUCAGUUUGUGCAGUUUUUUCCUAACUUCAUCUGGACAGUGCGUGAUUUUUCACUGGAGCUGGUGAUUGAGAAAAAGGGUCGAGUGACCGAGGAUGAGUACCUGGAUUUUGCCCUGCAGCUGAAGAAAGGUCUUUGUAAGAAGGACACCAACUACAAUCUUCCAAGGCAGUGUAUUCGAAACUAUUUUCCAACUCGCAAGUGCUUUGUUUUCCCGUUCCCUGCCUCCCAGGACAAAAUGGUUCAGCUCGAGAGCCUGGAUGAGAGUGAAAUUUGGCCCAAAUUUCUCAAUGUUACACAGCGUUUUUGUGACUACGUCUUUACUGCAAGCAAAGUUAAAACAGUUACAGGAGGAUACAGAGUCACAGGGAGGAUGUUCGGUCACCUAGUGCAGUCAUAUGUGGAGACCAUCUCUAGUGGGAAAGUCCCUUGUCUGGAGAAUGCUGUGGUUGUAAUGGCAAAGAUAGAAAACCAGGCAGCUGUGCAGGAGGGGCUUAAAUUCUAUCAGAAUGAGAUGGAACAGGUGAAGAGUUUGUUUCCAGUCGAUUUGAAUAAACUUACUUCUGAACACCAGAAGAUCAGCAACAUGGCCAACACUGAAUUUAUGAAGCGCUCUUUUAAAGAUGAAGAGGGGGAAUACUUCAGGAAACUCAUGGAGGCAGUAGAUAAGCACUAUGCUGAGCUAAUUGCUCAGAAUAUUGAGGAAUCAGAACAGAAGUGCCAGCAGAUUCUGUCUGAUCUAUAUGAGGAGAUGAACAUGCACGUGCAGAGGGGGGAGUAUGCAAAGCCUGGAGGAUAUAAGCUCUAUUGCACGCACAGAGACAACGUCAUUACCCAGUACCACAGCCAACCCAACAAGGGAAUCCAGGCUGAGGUGGUGCUGGAGACGUUUCUGAAUAGUAAAAGUAUGGAAGCAAAAUUAAUUCUCCAGACUGACGAACAACUGACUGAAAGUGAGAAAAAGAUUCAAGAGGAGAAAGAACAAGCAGCUCUGUUAGAGCAGCAGUGUAAAGUUGAACAGGAGAGAAAAAUGGAGAUGGAGCAACUGAUGCAGGAGGAAAAAUUGCUCCAUGAGCAACGGCUACAGCAGCUGGAGGAGAAGUUCGAGGAGGAGAAUAUUCAGCAGCAGCAGGAGCUAGAGAGAGCAGUGGAGAGUAAACUGACCGAACAGAAAGAACUUGUUCGGAAAGGGUUUGAAGAGAAAGCCCAGCUGAUGGGGCUUGAGAUUGAGCAACUUAAAAAAGAAAAGGAUAAACAAUCUGGCUCUGUUUUUAAAGAUUAUGUCAUGCCUCUCAUAAACACUGCCAAAGAUGUGUUUUCCACAUUCCUUGAAUAUAAACUUAUGAAGAAUGGACUGGCAAGGUCAUUCUUAUAAUCAUUUGUAAUUUAUGGAGAUGUUUCCAUGCCAGAGAAAAAGCAAUUACAUCAGUGAAUGAAUAUGGAAUAUUAUUAGUUAAAAGGAUAUUUUAUAUAAAAGUAAGUCUAAGAAAUCUGACAACUCCCAGGUUCUGGUGUGAGCUGAAAGUAUUUUUAUUCAUUAACAUUUUAUCAUGUAUCAUUAUCUGAAAAUCUUGAUGAUCAAGUGUUCUACAGUGCAGUAGGAAAGCAGAAACAAUGAGCCUCUAUGCCUCAUUGUGGAACUUUUGUGUAUCUUGGGUCCUUUCAGUGCUUUGAUUGCUUUUCUAUCGUUAUUGUACCAUGAAAUGUAAUGUAGUUUCAUGUACUGCUUUUUAAGUUGGAUCACAUUCACUUGUGACACAACUGUUCUGAGUAGUUAACUAUUAAUCAUAAUGCCAUGUGGUGCGUUGUUAAAACUGAUAUUGACCUUUAAUGAUUAUUAUAUUACAGAGCUGUUGAAAGCUUGGUUCUUAUUACUUUUUAUUAGUUCUUAUUAUAUUUUUAUUAGAGCUUAGUCAGUAGUUAUUGUAAGGCAUAUAUUAAUGGGCUUGUAAUGUUAAUGUUGCUAUAGUAACAGCCUAUACUUGUAUGGAAGACGUUCCACAUAAAAAGGUUUUGAAAAAAUCUGUG